AUGGCAAGCAUUACGAAGGACACUCGCGCGAGUCUCGAGGUGACCAAGGGAGCAUCUGUUGUUGAUCCUGUCCCUUUGGCGGAUACUCCCAGUACCACAUCUCUUGACGAUGCGGGUGAGAUGCUGCUUGGUCCCUACCCCACUGAGGAGGAGUGGGCUACACUUCCUCGUGUCCCCGGCAGCAUUCCCUGGACUGCAUGGACAGUUGCUUUCGUCGAGUUUGCGGAGCGAUUCUCAUACUAUGGUACCAGCGCCGUCUUCGUCAAUUUCAUCCAGAAGGACCUGCCCCCAGGCUCCAAGACCGGUGCCGGGUUUCUCAAGAAGCCGGGAUCUGGAGCUCUAGGCAUGGGUCAACGUGCCUCCACUGGAAUGACAACAUUCAACCAGUUCUGGUCUUACUUCACGCCUCUCUUCGGUGCUUACCUAGCGGAUCAGUACUGGGGACGUUACCUCACCAUCCAGUAUGCCAAUGUUAUCUCCAUCAUUGGGCAUAUCAUCCUCAUCUUCUCCGCAAUUCCCCAGGUCAUUGUGCGCCCGGACGCGGCAAUGGGUAUCUUCUCUGUCGGUCUGGUUGUCAUGGGAAUCGGUACGGGAGGUUUCAAAUCGAACAUUUCUCCCCUUAUUGCCGAGCAAUAUAAAGAUCAGAAGGCAUACGUUCGGGUGACCAAGAAAGGCCACAAGGAAAUCGUAGAUCCCGCUUUCACAACAGCUCGCAUCUACAUCUACUUCUACCUUCUCGUCAACUUGGGAUCGCUCACUGGUUCUCUGGCAAUGGUCUACUCCGAGCAUUUCGUCGGUUUCUGGCUCUCAUUCACGCUGCCAACUAUCUGCUACCUUGUCUGCCCAGUUGUUCUCAUCUACUUUAAGAAGUAUUACACGCUUGCGCCCCCGACCGGCUCCGUGAUGGGGAAAGCAUGGAAACUCGUGAGACUUGCCUUCAAAGGAAAGGGUUCUUGGAACCCCAAGACCUUCACCAAGAACAUCCGCGACGACAACUUCUGGGACCACGUCAAGCCUUCCGUCAUCCGCGCACGCGGUGAGACUCCUCCAGCUUGGAUGACAUUCGACGAUGAGUGGGUAGACGAGGUUCGUCGUGGCGUUGUGGCAUGCAAGGUUUUCCUCUGGUACCCGCUCUACUGGCUCGCGUACAACCAGAUGAUGAACAACCUUGUCUCGCAAGCUAGCACCAUGAAACUUGGCAAAACACCCAACGACAUCGUUGCGAAGCUCAACCCCAUCUUCAUUAUUAUCGUCAUCCCGCUUAUGGAUUUCAUCGUCUACCCAAUGCUCCGAAAGAUGGGAAUCAGAUUCACGCCCAUCAAGAAAAUCACGGCAGGUUUCGUCAUGGCUAGUUUUGCUAUGGUCAGCGCAGCUGUUACGCAGGCCUACAUCUACAAGCAGAGCCCUUGCGGUUCGAACAUCAAUGCUUUGACCAAGGCGAAGAAGGACUGCUCGGUCGACAUAUCUGUCUGGGUUCAAAUUUUCCCGUAUGGUUUAGUGGGGAUGUCUGAAGUGUUGGCGUCCAUCACCAAGCUUGAAUACGCCUACACCAAAGCACCAAAGAACAUGCGUUCUACCGUCCAGGGUAUUGCGCUGUUCACUUCCGCCGUCUCUUCCGCUCUUGGUCAAGCUCUUGUGGGUCUGUCCGAAGAUCCGCUGCUUGUUUGGAACUAUGGUGCUGUCGCUGUGGUCGCCAUGAUGGGUGCCAUUGGAUUCUGGUUCACCUUUCAUAACACUGAUAAAGAGGAAGACGCUCUGAACAACUUGAAAGAGUCGAAAUUCAUCGGAAGGAAGAGUGCUGACGAAGAGUCUGAGGACGGAGCUGUUCAGGAGGUCACUCCAGUCAAGGACGAGAAAGCUGGCUUGUAG